AUGGGCGAUAUAUCAGAAAAGUCAACCUUUUCAGGCAUGGCUUCGCAUCAAAAGUGGGAAAAUCCCAAUCACCCACUUUUCCUCCAUCACUUAGACCAACCUGGUGCAAUACUUGUGCUGCAGUCUCUCGUGGAGGAUAACUAUGGUACAUGGGUUCAAUCCAUGACCAUGGCUUUGACAGUAAAGAAUAAAUUAGGGUUUGUUGAUGGAACGGUCAAGAAACCUCAUGAAGAACAAUUUGAAGAAUUACAACAAUGGAAUCGAUGCAACAACUUGGUAAAAACGUGGUUGCUCGGAUCCAUGUCCAAAGAAAUUUCUGGGAGCGUCAUACACUACAAGGAUGCACGACAUAUGUGGCUCGACCUGCAAGAAAGGUUUUCCCAUGUGAAUAUUGUCCAACUGUUUCACAUCGAAAACGAGAUUCACGACUGCGUACAAGGUACUAUGAUCGUGAGCACAUACUUCACCAAACUAAAAAGCCUUUGGGACGAACGAGAUGCGUUGUGUUCUAUCCCAACAUGUGGCUGUGACACAAAGAAGGAGAUCACCUCCUACAUUGAAACCCAGAAGACGAUGAAGUUUCUUAUGGGUUUGAACGAGUCUUACCCUACCGUUCGUAGCAACACUCUCCUUCUCGAGCCUUUGCCUACUGUUAACAAGGCUUACUCACUUGUUCUUCGUCAUGAACGGCAAGUCGAAGUCUCAAGUGGACGGAGUACUGCCCAACCAGAAGCUGCUGUAUUCACUGUCAAAGGUGGAAACCGAGAAUCUAAAACUGAGGAUGGUGGUUUGCGAUGUGACAAGUGCAAUAAGACGAACCACAACACAAAGAACUGUCGCGCACAUAUCAAAUGUACUUUCUAUGGUUGGAAGGGUCAUUCGUACGAGUAUUUCCGCAAAAGAAAAGCAGUCAUAGACAGCGAACCAAGCCGUUCUGCCAAAGGAAAUCAAGUUGCCGUGACCAACAAGGAGAUCUCCAACUUCCCGUUCUCUUCAGAAGAUUGCAAGCAGAUCCUUACAAUGUUGCAUCAAAACAAAUCUUCUUUUGCUAAUCAUGUUGGUAAUUCUUCCAGCCACGAUGAUCUCUCAGGUAAAGCUUUUUCAUUCAUGCGUCAUGGCAAGCACAAUGUUUGGAUCCUGGAUAGUGGUACCACAGAUCACAUAGUUUGUAGCCCCGAGUCCCUUACAUCCUCUAGGCCUGUUCAAAACCACACUGUUGCAUUACCCAAUGGAUCCCUUGCCACGGUCACUCAUGUUGGCCAGGUCAUUUUUUCUCCUAAUUUUAUCCUUGACAAUGUUCUUUGUGUCCCAAUCUUUACGUUAAAUUUAAUAUCCAUUAGUCAAUUGGCUUAUGAUUCAUUUACUAUUACCCUUUUUCUUAAACCAUUUUUGUGUCAUCCAGGACCUACGAUCGGGGAAGAUGAUUGGGACGGGAAUUGA